CUCGCUCGCGACCGGCCGGGCCAGAUUCCGCUGCUGCCGCUGCUGCGCGCGGAGCCCGGUGUCGGAGCUGCGCUCGGUCCGGAGCCAUGGAGGCCGACUUCCCGCACCACGUCCUGUUCGAGUGCGCCGCGCUGAGCGACGAGCUGCGGAGGAAGGUCCAGAGCUACUUCCAGGUCCGCCGCAAGUCCGGCGGCGGGGAGUGCGGCCCGGUGGUCCCGGUGCGGGGACACCUGUACCGGAUCGGCUUCAGGGACAGGGCAGACCAGCAGAGGGUCCUUCAGAAGGAGAGACAUGAGGUGGACGGCGUGGUUCUCACUGUGCGGGACGGAUCUUCGUCCUCCGGCGCCUCGCCAUCGUCAGGCCCGUCUGCCACCCCCGACCGGACCUCAGCAGCCUCACCGCAGGAGCAGAGCCCCACGCCCAAUCCUGCACCAGUUCUGGAAGAACAUGAAGUCCCCCUUGACCGUUACGUCAUUCGUUACUUGAGGGAAAGCCCCAAAGCUCAGAAAGAAGUCCAGGAAAGACUUGCUUCCAUUUCCUGUGUUAUUUUGUCAAUGGCCGAUGAAACGAUUCGAGUCCGUCACGAAGUCCAGCCUGGUGCUGCCGCCGGGGUCAGGGACUGGAAGGCAGGGGUUGCGAAAGUGUUCGACUGCUUCGUGUGCCACUAUGAGGUGGACCCUCGCAAAAUCCAAGCUCUGCUUCAGUCCCGCAGCUCUCGCCCGAGCUCGGACGGGGUGAAGGUGUACAGCGAGGUGGGCGUUGUGGCUGUGGCCGGGGAACGUUCUCAGGUGGCCGCCGAGUUAGACGACCUGGACGACUCGCUUUCCAAACGUAAGUUGUCAGUUGCAAGGCAGAGGCGGACCAGCGUUCGUCGAGUGGGUGAGGCCAAACUUCGCCUCCUCUUUGAAGACAUUAAAACCAGCGCGAAGGAGACAUUUCCAGAGGUGGAGGUCACGCAGGGAGAUGCGGGGCAGCUGGUUUUGUCUGGGAAUGUGGAGGAGAUUGUUAAUGCCGGGGAGCUCAUCUCUGGCAUGGAGGAUUUGGUCUUAGAGAGAACAGUUUCGGACAAGAGUCCACAUUUUUUAGCCUUUCUGAGGAAGGUUUAUGGGGCUCCAGGUGUGUUCGCAAGCAUGCUGUCAGUUAGUAAUGAGGUGGAAUUUGAAAUAGGAGACAUAGAACUGCAUUUGUUCUCUCGGUCUAGGAAUAAACUGGAGGAAACGGUAAAGAAAAUUGACGAAACGUUCAAGGACGUCAAGUUCGACAUUCCAAACUGCUCUGUCGUGCCAACUGAGCUCCUGGAACAGAUUAGGUCCAUGUCGAAUGAGAUGAACCAGGGUUCGUGCCGGGUUGAGGUGGUGGUUGGCUUAGACAGCACUCUGUGGUUACAGGGCCACACCAAAGAGGUUGUCCAGUUAAGUCAGGCUGUCACACAGUUUAUUUUAGACCAGAAAAGCAUAGAAGGAAAGUCCAGUCUUCCCUUUCCAGAGCUUGUACAAGUCUUGCCAGACUUGCUGCAGCAACAUGGCUUUGACUAUUCAGGUGUCACCUUGCAUCCAUUAGCAUCCGCCUCUGGUCCAAUGGUGGCACUGGAGGGUCCGCACGGCAGAGUGACUGAGGUCAAAAAUAGACUGGAUCCAUUUCUGGACACAGUUGUUCAAGAAAGGAUCACAAUCGACCUUCCCGGUGCAGCUCGGUUUUUCAAAAGUCCCUCUGGAAAAGAGAGCUUGGCAAGCAUCGCACGCUCUCAGAAGAGCCUCAUUCAGCUUGAGGACCAGCCUCAAACACAGGCCCGGCAGAGUUCCCAGUCUGCCAAGUACGUCCUGCAGCACGGGAUCGAGGUGCUGGUGAUUCAGGGCGACAUGACCAAACAGUAUGCAGAUGCUCUGGUCAACCCUGCCAAUGAGAAUUUGGAGCAUGGCGGCGGCCUGGCUGCUGCUCUGAGCGCAGCUGGCGGCCCUCAAGUGCAGAUAGAGAGCAGAAACACAGUGGCGCAAGGCGGGAAGAUCCCCGUAGGAAGUGCAGUGAUGACGACGAGUGGAAGCCUGAAAUGCAAGAAGCUGAUACAUGUUGUUGGACCGAUAAACGGACAGGUCGGGGGCCGAGAGAGACCAUUACUGGAAAAAGGUGUCCAGUCUGCUCUUGAUUUAGCAGAAACAAUGAAUUUCAAGUCGAUAGCUAUUCCCUGCAUAAGCUCAGGUCUGUUCGGCAUGCCUCUGCGCGUUUGCUCAGAGGCGAUUGUAACCGCAGUCAAGACGUUUGGAAGUCAGGCAGGGCGAAGUCUGACCAGGAUAAUACUGAUCGACAGCAAAGCAGACGUGGUGUUGGCACUGCUGGACGCUUGUGACAGGCUUCUCAAAGAGGGGGCUGCAAAGGUGGAGAAUGGUGCUGCCGCCCAGGACACAGCGAGACGAGCCUCUGCUAGACUGCCGAGAAAAGAAAUCAGCAUUGAGCCCAUUUAUGGAACCAUUGAGUCCCAACAGGUUGAUGCCCUGGUGUCUCCGCUGGCUGGCCUCAAAAUUACCUCCACCCGUGUUGGAAUCGCUCUGUCCAAUGCGGCCGGACCUCAGCUGAAAACCAGUUUCGAUCAAGCGGUUGCAGCUGCAGGCUCGAAGCCCGGUGACGUGUUUGUGGUGGAGAACCUGACUGCCCUCAAAUGUAAAACCGUGAUCUUCAUCUGGCUGAGCGCCUGGGAUAAUACAGACUCCCCAGCCCAGGUUCUGAGGCAGGGAAUCAGAGAAACUCUGUCUACCUGUGACGGGAGAGGCUUCACCUCAGUGGCUUUUCCCUUACUCGGGACCGGACAGGUCCUGAAUUGUCCUCCCGACGUGGCAUCAAAGAUUCUCCUGGAGGAGAUCCGCGCAUUUGAACAGCAACGAAACAACCAAAAAUUUUUUGCUGUGACAGUGAUCAUUCACCCCAAGAACAAAGACUACUUCAAGGCCUUUAAAGGUGCCUUGGAUGCUGUCCAGUCAGGAGGUGCACGUGUUGCUGCUCCAGUCGCAGGUACCUUUUACCGCUGCACCUCUAAAACUACUGACAAGCUCACGGCCAUGCUGGGUAACGUGGCGCUCCAGAUGCUCCAAGGCGACAUUACUCGCGCGGGAACCGACGUCGUCGUCAACACGACGGACUUCACGAACAAAGGCGCAGGCGUCUGCAAAGCCAUUCUGACGGCGGCGGGGCCGAGCGUGGAGCAAGAGCUAGCAACGCUGGGCAUACCAUCGGACCUCAUUUGCUCCACCGGGCCCGGGUUGCUCGGCUGUAAGGAAAUCAUCCACGCUACCUUUAGGAGCGACACUCAGAUCAUUCGCAAGAACUGCAAGAAGAUCCUGAAGCUGUGCGAGCAAAAAGGCCACCAGUCAGUGGCCUUCCCGGCCGUCAACACCGGACUAGCCGGUAUGGAUGCCUCUAAAGUGUGUAAAGCCAUGCUGGACGGCAUGGCCACAGCCAUCAAGGACUUGAACCCGCAGUCUCUCGCCCUCAUUCGCUUUGUCAUCAUGCAGCCAACCGUCUUCAAGGCGUUUAGAACAGAGCUGGAAAGCCGCUUUGGACAAGAUGCACCGAGUUACACCAGCAUGAGAGAAAAAGCCAAACAAAAGCUCAAGAAGUGGCAAGAGAAGCAACCGGGAACCUUGCCUCCUUCAGUACCACAAGUCCAAACCAUCCUGUCGCUGUCGAAGCCGCCGCGAGCCGUCAUGAGUGUGAUCAGCUGCGGUUCAGACGUCAUUAAGACCGUCAAGGCGGAAUUAGAGAGCGAGCUGCAGAAGCACCAGUUCCAAAGGCAAGUGGACGUGAAGUUUUUCUCCAGGCUUGAUCAGAUGGAGGUGGAAGCCUUGAAAAAAAAAAUCAAAACCUUGGAAGUCAGCCUAGAGCAUAGAAAGUCCCAGGUUGCAAGCUCUGGACCCUACAUGACCAUCGGUCCAGGGUCGGCUGAAGAGAUCUACGUGCUGAAAGGCCUGAAGGAGGACGUCCUCAGUGUGGUUGAGCUGAUUAACAAAUCCAUCCACAAAGUACUCCACAACGACCUCCAGGAUAAAGAGGAAGCCAUUCUGGCCCUCACCGUCCAGUGGUCCAUCAAGGACUCCAAGGGGGCCUGGCAGGAGCUGAGCCUGCACGACAACUACAAGCUGGAGGAGGCUAACAUCACCAAAAAGACGGUGGUGGACGUCAUGGCGCCGACAGGCAUGGCCGUCAGCGUUGACGUGAAGAAGCAGGAAGCCACGGAUUCACAAACGGGCAACAAAUACCAAGUGAAGCGGAUCCAGUCGGAGACAGCCCUGGUGUUGCCUCCGCACUGGGAGCCGAUGAAUGACGAAAUCUUCAAAAAGGUUGAGUUGCAGAAGCAAUCGCAGGAAUACAAGGACAUAGAGCAGGGUUUCAAGAAAACGGCCAACUACGCCAUCCAGAAAAUCGAGCGCGUGCAGAACGUCUACCUGUGGCACGCCUUCAGCGUGUGCAAGGAGCGUAUAAUCAAGAAGAACGGUCUGCAGAACCUGGGCGAGAAGCUGUUGUACCACGGCACAUCGGCCGAGUCCUGCAACUGCAUCGAACGGGACCGGUUUGACAGGAACUACGCCGGAGCGCAUGCUGCUCUGUAUGGAAAGGGAGUUUACUUUGCCGUCAAUGCACAGUACUCUGCCAGUAAGUAUUCUCCAGCGGACAAGGCGGGUCUGAAGCGACUGUACGCCGCACGCGUCUUUACGGGCCGCUUCACGGCCGGGAAGUCCAGCAUGGUGGCCCCGCCCCCCCGAGGAACGGACCCCACGGACUGCUACGACAGUCUGGUGGACAAACUGGUACAGCCCACCAUGUUCGUGGUCUUCCACGACGACCAGGCCUACCCAGAAUACCUCAUCACCUUCAAAUAGAGCCACUUUCUAACGACACAUGCGGUUCUAAAAGCACAGAAAGAUGAAGGUUUUUACUUUCUUCUGGCUUACAGACGUCUAAUCCAAUGAUAAAGUCUUACUGUGCUUUCUCUUCCUUCCUAAUGCUGUUUGAGUUGCUCAUUAAUAAAUGACUUAUACAUUAGUUACACUGACGGUGGAGUUUCUUUCUCUGCGUUGCUUUGCCAGAGAAAAACAAUCAGCGGUGCCAUGUUAAUCCAUUCAUUCAAAUUUGACUCACUGUUAUGUUAUAUGGAAUUGUAUUAUCAUUUUUGAAUUCUUGGAGUUGACGGUGUUGUAUUGAAGAUGCGUUUUAGUAAACAUGACGUGACUAAGAAAAAAAAUACUGAAAACUUACAUUUUACACUAUUUUUUCAGAGCUGAAAUGAAUUUGAAUAAAUUGUCAUUUGACAAACAGGGUUGAGUCUCAGGGAAUUAUUUUCAUUGUAUAACCAAUAAACUGAAUAAGCACAUGGAGUUGAAAUGUUUUUUUUUAAGAAAAUAAAUAAAAUCU